CAAAGUGGCAAACGUCAAACAUAGUAUAUUCAUCUGUUUAUAUAGAUUUUUUUCACCGCAACGAAAGAAGAAACUGUUCAAAAAUACCUCAAACAAAGAAGCUGAUAAUUUUUUUUGUUUCAAAUGAAAAGUGCAAACGGGUUAUUUUUGAACUAAUUAAUUACAAAAUACAAAUUGUAAGAACUAUUGGUUUCGAAAAUGUCGGAUGAACCAACGAAAGUUGCAACCGAUGGUGAAUUGAUUCCUGAGAAUGGAUCAAAUGAGCCGUCAAAGAAAGAUGAAAGUGCAAAUUCUGAGAGUCAACCCAAGGAAACCAACGAAAUUAACGAGGAGGAUGUGAAUCAAACUGCUGGCAGUAGUGUAGAUUAUACAAAGUGCAUGACUUAUUCAGACGAUGGAACAGCCAUUUACACUGAUCCGGCCACAAAGUAUCAGUAUGUUUUCGAUAAAGAAAAGAAGCAAUGGGUACCCAAAGACUCAGGUGAAAAUAAUCCGUAUGAAAAUGAAUAUUAUCGAUGGUGUACGGAGACAAACCAGUGGAUUCUAAAGGAGGGUGCAUCAAGUGAUGCUGCGAAUGAAUUCGAGAAUGAGCACUACAAGUGGAAUCCCGUCACUAACGAAUGGGAAGCGAAAAAUGGUGAUCAGAAAUUUGCAACGUCUGUGUGUGUCGAUGGGCAACGUUUACACACCGAUUCCGAUGGAGUGGUGUACUUUUGGGAUGAAGAGAAAAAAGCUUGGUUCCCAAAGAUCGACGAUGACUUUAUUGCAAUAUAUCAAACCAACUAUGGAUUCAUCGAUAACACCUCAACGAAACCAGCCGAGACAUCCUCAUCACAGCUCAACAAAGCUAAGCCGGAAACAGAGGCGAAAACAGAUGAACCAUUAAAGGUGACCACCGGCAAACGAAAAGCUAGUCAACCGCAAUGGUUCGAAGAAGCGCCUGAGCAAUGCACAAAGGUCUACGUAUCCAAUUUGCCGGAAGACAUAACUGAAGAAGAAUUCAUUGAGGUUAUGUCGAAGUGUGGAAUGAUUUUCCGUGAUCCAAAAACCAGAAAAUUGAAGGUGAAACUAUACGCCGAACCGAAUGGACAGUUGAAAGGCGAUGGUCUAGUGAGUUAUAUACGGGUUGAAUCGGUGAAGCUGGCCAUUGAUAUGCUCGAUGGAUAUGAAGUGCGAGGACGCAAAAUCAAAGUUCAACGAGCUCAAUUCCAAAUGCGUGGCGAUUACAAUCCGAAACUGAAACCGAAACGAAAUAAACAAGACAAGGAAAAGCAGAAAAAAUUAGAAUCAAAAUUGUUGGACUGGCGACCAGAUAAAAUGCGCGGCGAACGUGAGAAAUAUGAACGUGUUGUCAUAAUUAAAAAUCUCUUUGAACCGGAAACAUUUGACAAUCAUGUUGAUUUAAUCAUUGAUUAUCAGAAUGAUCUUCGUGAAGAAUGUUCAAAGUGUGGCACUGUGAAAAAGGUUGUCAUCUACAGCUCUGAACCAGAAGGUAUUGCCGAAGUUCGAAUGGGUGAUCCCGAAGAAGCCGAUAUUGUUGUUAAAAUGAUGCACAGGAGAUACUUCGGAAAGCGAUUGCUCACCGCUGAAUUGUGGGAUGGUAAAACAAAGUAUAAGGCCAAUGAAUCAGAAGCUGAGACCAAAGAGCGACUCUCCAAGUGGGAUGAAUUUCUCGAACAGGGUGAUGAUGAUUAUGGAAAACCAAGUGAAACACCAACAGCUACAGCUACAACUAUCGAAACGAAGGAAGACUGAAGUGGAUUGUUUAUCAUGAAGUAAAAAAAAACAAUAAAGAUUAACAUAGAAAAAUGGCUUUUAUCCCAGAGAGAAAAUAAUCAGAUGAUGUAUUUAAUUUUAGAUACGAGCAUUUUUUUUUUGGUCAACUUAUAGCCACUUAAUUGUGUAACGAAAAAAAUAAAGAAGUUGCAAACGAACACAAA